AUGAUUUCAAAACUAGAAGUUCCAGAAGAAUUAGAAAGCCCGUAUUUCAAAAUACAAAGCACCCUCGAACCACAUAAUCUCGUUGAGUCGUCUAAAAGAAUUUUACAGGUAGUGAAUAAUGAACCUAUGUUAACCUACUCUUACUGUUUAGAAGUACUAUUUGAGGAUGAGAAAGCCUUCUUUACCUUAUGUCUUAACCCUGUUUUGUGGUUCGAUGUGUACUUGAGAAAAAAAGAUCUAGAGGUUUCCGCCAAGAUUGCGAGAACAUACGUUACCAAUACCCGGUUCCCCGUAUCUUAUGAAAAUGAUAAAAUUGCACCUUUUGAAGUAGAAUACAGUGAAACUGUUAAAAAUUCGGCAUUUACAUUAUGCAAAUAUGGAAAGGACUGUAUAUAUCAAUAUCAUUCAUACGGUAAAUGUGGUAAGUUUCUCUUUGCAGACCCAAUCUAUUUGAAAUAUCAGUACCCCUACGGCGUUUCCCGCAGAUAUAUAGAUUCGUUAACUAAUAUAGAUAAUUCUUUAGACCGUGAUCAUUCAGACGUCAUCUGUAAAGGUACUUCAAAAACUCGAGACGGACGCGAUAUUGUUUGCGGUUUCUACGUUCUUAACUAUCUUGUGGUAUGGGAACGAGAAAACUAUUACAUAAUGUACCGACGUGAACCUAUUCGUGGCUUAUUAUUUGUUCCGCACCCUAAUGAUAACGAGAAAAAUAAUUUUAACCACUUUGAAAACACGACAUUGAUCAAGAAUCAAUUAUUCUGGCAGGAUUUGUUGAAAGAAAGAGAAUAUUUGGGAUUUAAUUCGAUUUCGCUCAAUUAUGGCAUGUGGGAAACCAAGCAAGCAAGAUCAGAGGACAAAUAUAUACAAAACUGUCAUGGCCAUGUUCAUCUUAACUUUGAUGAUAUGGGUUGGGAGAAUUUAAAAGCUAAGAUUAUUAAGGAUCCUAAAUUUACGUCAUUAUCCGUUCGAAAUUUGAGAUCGAUGUUAGACGCUCGAAAUUUUCCCGAGCCAAACAAUCGUCUUAAAAACUGUCUUGAACUAGAACGUUUUCGGUUACAAAUAGUUGAACCACAGUUGGUGAUAGAAAGUUUAAACAAACUUGGAGGAAAAGUGGAUAAUGUCGUUACAGCUCUUUCCGAAACUAAUUCGGCUCUUUCUGUAACCAAUGAAAAACUAUCUAAACUUGUUGAUUUGUUGAUGCCAAAAAACGACUAG